GCUUAUCGCCUUGGCUAUGGCUUACUACUUUCUACUGUGGCUUUUGUCGCUCUGUGGCUGCGCAGGAUGUUUGUAUAUCGUCGUUAAUCGUUUACCGUGUUUUCUCACAAAUCUGAUGUGACAUGUUGCACAACGAUUGUCUGUUUGGAUGCUUAUAUCGUUCACUAACCGCUAUGACUGUAGCUGACAGUGCUGCUGAAAUUGUUCAGUAGCGUGUGAUCCUUGUUCUGCGACUUGUCUUCACUGAAGAUCGUUUAAUGUUUUUGAAUGGCAAUGAAUUUUGUUGUCACACCUUGAUACAAUGGGCAAGGGCAUGUUCUCGAGCUUGAAAGUAUUUAUUCUGCCCACAGGCAUUGGAGCACCUAGAGUAAAGCUGUUCAAAUCGAAGAUUAUAGAAUAUGGUGGUGAAAUCGCGAACACUGCAGGUGCCGCAACACAUAUUGUAUGCAUGGAAUCUAUGGAUCUUCCACGUUUAACGCAGAUAAUCAAGAAAGAUGCUAUAUCGCAUGGCCCAAUAAUAGUGAAAAGCACAUGGUUAAGUGAAUGCCUUAAACAGAGUUCACUUCUUCCAACGCAACCAUACGAGUUGAUGCUAAGUAACGAAAUUGAUACAAAUGCGGAUGUCCCAAGGAAAGUUAAAGUCUCAGAUGCAUGUGACCCUCCGUCCGUUACGUCGCAACAGCCACCAUGUUCCCCUACCCAGCCACUCGUGUCGAGCAAAUGGAUUUGUUCCACUUCAUCUUCUGAAAAGAGUCUGAACAUGAAUAAACACAUCACUGACCAACUAGAGGAAAUGGUUGAGACAUAUCAGAGUACGAAAGAUCACUGGCGUGCACUUGGAUAUGAAAAGGCUAUCAAGGCUCUUAAAAGUCACCCCACAGAAAUCACAUCGUGGGAGGAAGCAAAAGCUCUGCCAAACAUCGGACAAAGGUUGGCAGACAAGAUAUGGGAGAUUGUACAGCAAGGGAAAUUGAGAAAGCUAGAGCAAUUUCAAAGUCAAGAGAAUGUUUCUGCCCUGAACUUAUUCAAUAAAAUUUGGGGUGUGGGUCCAGCGACUGCAGAGAGAUGGGUUCAGCAGGGGUGUCGCUCACUGGAUGACAUUAAAUCACGAAGUGACCUGACAAAGCAGCAAGAGAUAGGACUCAAGCACUUUGAGGAUUUUCUUGAGAAGAUGCCGCGCAGUGAGGCAGAAGAAAUUGCAAAUAUUGUUAAAGAGACAGCACUUUCGGUUCAGCCAGAUCUGGAGGUUAUUCCUUGUGGAUCUUUCCGAAGAGGCCGACCUAUGUGUGGUGACGUUGAUGUCCUCAUUACUCACAAAGACGGAACAUCUCACGAAAAUGUUUUGUGCAGAAUAAUCAGUCUGCUUCACAAAAAAGGAUUUUUGACGGAUGAUUUGGCCACUCCGCACGAGGACGGUGCCCAGAAGAAGUACAUGGGAGUUUGCAAGCUCGCCAGAAAUUGUAGCAAGCACCGGCGUUUGGACAUCUUUGUUGUACCUGCGGAUGAAUUCGCCUGUGCUCUGAUGGCCUACACAGGGUCGGCUCACUUCAAUCGUUCCAUUAGGCUGUUGGCGCGGAAGAAGGGCAUGACGCUGUCACAUCAGUGUCUGUGUGCGGAUGUGCUCAGAAAGGGUGAAGAGAAGCUUAGCCAAGGACAUCGACUUCCCACUCCAACAGAAGAAUCCAUCUUUGAACACCUUGGCCUAAAGUACAGAACUCCUGCAGAGAGGGAUCACUAGUCACUUCUCACUCCUGUUUUUAUUUUCAUUUUUAUUCCGCAUGCUUUUUAUUAUACCAGACAUUAUUAGACAUCAUGCGCAUCACAUCACAUGAUGCACACAUGAUUCAUGCGUCAUUUACAUGGUGUGGUAUGAAUGAAAUGGUCUGUUUUAGCACCCUUAUAUGGACGGUAUGAUUUUAAAAAUUGUUUUUAUGAAGUUACUUAAAUAAAAUUUGAUAUGGUAUUGUUA